GGGAUUAAGAGAGAAGGUAUUUGUAGUGUGGGACCCAAUGGGGUUGAUGGCAAUGAAGAGGAAUUUGGCAAAGACAUUGAAGACGGCGUAAAAAGCGAAAACCCUGAGUCACCUGUAGUCGAACUGCUGAGAAGCUUCACGGUAUUCUUCUGGAACGACAACCACAACAACAACAGUAGCAUAAAUGAAUAG